CUAAGAGGAAGUUGAAGCGAAAGCACUUUACUCGGACCGAGGGUGCCACAUGUUUCCUCCGCAUCGAUUUAUCAUCGAUGUCAGAACGCUCCACACGUCCGUCCCAAACGUCACAUCCCGGACUCCUUCCGACUGUCUUCCAUUUAAAGGAGUUCGGUUGACCUGAUGUUGUAGUCUGGAAAUGUCCAAAAAACCCCUCGUCAAUCGGUUGCUUGGGAUUCAGACCAGGGACCUCCCAGGGACCUCGGGUGACCUCGGGUGUCACACACACACGAGGGACUCGACUCACUCUUCUCUCCGUCCGGUGGGACCGGAGACAGCGAAACUGUUUGUUAGAGGGACUGUGGAGGCCAUGGUUUUCGUAGAAACUGAAAAACAAAGUGAGGUCCGGUGAGACAGCGAGACUCGGUGAGAUACGAGAAACUUCAGAACUUUUCCGAUCUAUUUGUUUUUGGGGACAUUCAGAAGUUUGCCCUUGGAAGCUUUGGAAUUUUGAAAGCCACUUCCAUUUGCAGGUCUCCUGCCAAGAGCCCCACCAGCAAGGGGAGAACCUGCCUGCAUGGCCCAAAAUAUGCGAAGACACUUCGAGCACCUGGAUCAUGGUGCAGGUUAUCCACUUACUUGAUUGUUUUUUCCCAAAAGCACACCCUAGACCCCAUAUAGCCUUACCUGCCCCACCUGCCCCACCAGCCACCGAGCAAAACAGCAUCGUUCGAUCCCUUUGUGCUUGGUUUCUGAAGUGCCCUCCAAAGCCUCCAGAACAGUGGCAGCCGGGGGAGAUCAUCAACGUGACGGUCUCCGAGAUCGUUGAGGCUGCCGGAGCUGUUUGGAAUUUCACAAUGAUUUCACAAGGCUCCGAAUUCAUCGUGACCACGAAUUGCUUCACCGCCAGCCAAGACUUGCCACCCACCUUGUACUGGGCGAAUGUGCCGCAGACGAUUCCCCGGGACGACCAACCGCUUUGUUUGAUUCGGUUCACCUGGCUGCAAGACCAGUCGGUGACCUACAACGCUGGCUUCACCCGCAGCGUGCACAUCCGAGUUCUAGCACAACAGGGCUCGAGCUUCAGCCGACUUCCUUCCAUCCAGCUCACCUUGCUGAACUUGGUCAGCUUGAUGGUGUUGAUGGGGAUCCCUCCGGCCUUUGCGGGCUUCGUGGCACGAAUCAUGCUGGGCUCCUUGUCGAAGAUCUAUCGCCAAGCCACUCAAGAGUACUUCGACCUCCCCAUGCAGUUGGCCACCGCGGGGCUGAAGGCCAUUGCCAAUGUGGCCACCUUUGGGAGUUUGGCCAGUAGCACACUCACCAAGGAGGAGCUCCGCAACUGCUUGAAGGAGGUCUUGUUCACCUCCCGACAGCACUUGGCCGACAAAGACCUCGACCGCUUGACCAACUUCGUCUUCGAGAAAGAUCCGCGAUAUCCCAACGGACCGAGGCGGAGCGCUGACGCAAAUCCCCGCAAGUCCUUGUGGAACAAUGAGGAGGAGCACGGGGAGCCACGUGUAGAUGCAGGGCGCUUCGCUUUGAGUAGCUCGUUCCGUGACCCCAUCACCGUGCAGGACAUCGGCGUGGUCUUCGACACUCAUCGGGACCGCAACAUUCUGGAGCGUUUCUUCACGCCAGCGGCCAUCGGCAAGGCCUUGAAAGACCAGCGAAGCUUAGAACUGCCGACAUGGAAGAAGGAGCUUCUGGGCGUUCCCGAAGAGAAGCACACGGAGGAGAUCCUGGGGGAGGAAGCAGAGGUGAUCCAUGUCCAGUCGGGCUCCACCAACAUGGAGGCCUCUCCCAGGGCUGGAAGCUCGAGAGAUAUGAAGAUGCACGAGACGUCCUGCGCGAGCUUGUUGGCAGCCCCAACAACCACUCCUGCGACACCCACCUCCAAGCAGGAGAUGAUCUCAGAGGAGGCUCCAAGCGUGCAAGACCUUUUCCGACGAGUGGGUGACUUGGAGGACCUCCUGAGCAUGAAGGUCGGUGAGCUCCAAAGUCUCGAAAGCCGCAACAAGCAGCUCUCGUUGGACAAUGCUGACCUGAAGCAGGACAUCGCUGAUCUCAAAGAGCAGCAGGCCUUACUGGUGAGUCGUUGUGACCGGCAGAUGGGCGCCAUGCAGGAGCUCACAGAGGUGAUCCGGGCGCUCACCGCGCAAACACAACAGGAGCCAGUGGAGAGCCAACUGCCCACAAGUUGCUUUAGUGCUGCCAGCAACUUCAAGCGUCCCAGCUGAGGCGCUGAGGCGCCGCGCCCGCCCGUCCGGCAGGAAACGGCCCACCCCUGCUCCUGUGAUCCCACGGACUCGAGGCAGAUGGAUGUCAUUCAAAGACCCCCCAAAAAAGCGAGGGCUGCACACUUGUGGCGGACGGCAUCGACCCUUUUGCGUCCCCAAGGCAACCAGGCCCGGUGAACACCAGGCGCCCAGCUGUAGCUGCGUUGAGCUGCUCAUGAAACGGUGAGUGCUGGCGCAAUGAUAGUGUACUUCUGUGAGGGAACUUGGAGCCA